AUGAAUCAAUCUGUUAGAUACUUUCUUGAAGGAAAUGAAAUUGAUAUUCCGACAGAAGACCCACCAAGUGAUGCUCAAGAUACAAAAAAUCCUAUUGAUCUUAAAGGGAAGUUCAAAAAUUUUAAUUCAUAUAAAAUGUACCAGGCUGCAGGUGAUGUUUCAUAUCCUGAAUCAAACGAAGACAGAUACUUACAUUUACGGCAAUACUAUAUUAACCAGGUCAAGGGCGAAAAGCAGAGAGCCGAAAAUGAAACAAUGUCUGGUGCCUUCAAAAGAAUAAUAAAUGAUGAGCCUUUAGAGAAAAUCGAAGGUUAUUAUACUUUACGACAGAGAUGGCGCCAAGAAAUGCACGAACAAAUAAAGGAUGGAAAGAAGAUUUGUCAUUGCCAAAACUGUAUCAAUGUUGCAUUGCCUGGAUCAGAUUAUUGCAUUAACCAUAUACUAGAAGACAAAAAUCAGAAAUUAUUUAUUGCUUGUCCAAAGUGUCAUCGACCACACCCAUUCUUUAGCGUUUGCUUUACAUGUGGUGUAUAA